AAACAAUGCUUCGUAAUUCACAUCCAAACAAUGACGGUAGGAUGGUUUCGAUUAUGAUCCUUUCUCCUACACGCGAAUUGGCACAACAAAUUGCCGCUGAAGCAGAAAGGCUCACUCGAUUUUAUGAGUACCGAGUUCAUUGCUUGGUGGGUGGGGAAAAGAAAGAUGUACAAAUAAGAAAAUUGAUGAGGCACAGAGUUGAUAUAAUUGUUGGUACACCGGGACGAGUUGAGGACCUAUUAGAAUCCAUACCUCACUUUCGAAGGCAGUGUGGGGAGAUCAAGACUUUGAUCCUCGAUGAAGCUGAUCAACUAUUGGAUAUGGGAUUCCGCGAGGACAUUGAGAGAAUUAUCAACUAUUAUCCAAAAGAACGUCAGACUUUCCUAUUUUCCGCUACUGUUUCUUCCCAAAUUCGCCAAAUCGCAAAAUUUGCACUCAAACCGGACUACACUUUUAUUGAUACUGUCGACCCAAAUGAUGUAAAUACGAAUCAUCAGAUAGAACAAUUAUAUUCUAUCACACCUUACGAUAACCAACUCCCUGUCAUGCGUAAAAUUAUUAACGAUCACAGAAAACUUCAUAGAAAUGGUAAAAUAAUGAUGUUUUUGCCAACAAGAAUGGCAACAAUGCUUUAUGCUGAUCUUAUACGGAAUCUCGACGAGAUGGAUAUUUUUGAACUCCAUUCUGGAAAGAAUCAAGAAAUGCGCACAAAAAUAUCAAAUAGAUUCCGGAAUUCUAGACGUGAAUCUAUUCUUGUUACCUCGGAUGUUUCUGCACGUGGUGUAGACUACCCAGGAGUUACUAUGGUACUUCAAGUGGGUGCUCCCUCUUCACGCGAACAAUAUAUUCACCGUAUAGGGCGAACUGGCCGUGCUGGAAAAGAAGGAACAGGUGUAUUGCUUUUGUCACCCUUUGAAAGAGGUUUCAUGAGGCACAUCGAGGAUUUGCCUCUGAAACCGAUUGAAGGAAUUGAUAAUGAUAUGAGAGGAGAUAACGAUCCGAGAAUUAGGCGCGCUAUUGAAAUGCUUGACGUUUCUGGAAUCAAAAGUGCAUGUAUGGCUGCACUCGGCUACUACUCUGGGAAGCUCAGUACUCACUUCAUCAGAAAAGAUGAUCUAGUAGACUCUAUUCAAGACAUGGCUCGAUCUUUUGGUUCAGAGGUACGAAUAAAUCCAUCGAUGUUAUCUAGGGCCGGCAUAAAAGAACGAGGACCCCGAGGUGGAACGCGGGCUGGAGGAUUUGGUGGACGUGGCCAUUCUAGAUAUGAUGAUCGCGAACCUAGUCGUUUUGGUGAUAGGAGAUCAUAUGACCGAUUCAACGACUAUGAUUCACGGACUCCUGGGAGAUUUAAUGAUUUCGAACGUCCUGGUCGCUCUAGGAGUAAUAAUUCUGGUUUUCCGCAUCAUGAAUCCCGUGAUCGUUACAGAUAUUAA